AUUCGGGCCAUUCGCAUUGUUGCCUCCGCGUCAUCAUAACCUGACUGUAAAACAUUGUAGAAUAAUUUAAGGUUAUGUUUACAUUUCUUUUUAAGACGUUAAUAUUCAUAACGAAUUAUCCACGAAGAAAUUAAAAUGGUGAAGGAAUCGUACAAAUUACGAAUAAAUAAAUACACGUAAACUAUUUUACACGUAUUUCGUAACAAGAGAUUAAAGUGCUCAUAAAGUUUACAUUGUCGUGAAAUUUAAAUCGCUUAUUGUGGUUGGAUUGACUACUGAUAACAACUGAAUAACUCAACGCAUUCUGUGACACAUAGUGAUAACGUGCAGUACUUUCUUGUGUUUAUAAACAAUUGAGAAUAUGAGUGAAAAUGGUGAUACUGAAGAAGUUCCAAUCAUUAAAAUACCUAAUAGUAAGCGUAUUGAAUGUUUAAAUAAGAUUUUUCAAGAUGAGUUUCACUCUAAACCUGCGUUUGUCGUUCGAGUUCCGGGCCGUGUUAAUAUAAUUGGUGAACAUAUCGAUUACUGCGGUUACCCGGUAUUGCCCAUGGCAUUGGAGCAAGAUAUACUGAUAGCAGUGGGAUUAACGAACGACCAUAGAGUUUAUCUGCGCAACUCGAACUGUAAAUAUAGUAGUAUAGACUUCGAAAUUAAAAGUUUUGAUGAUAUAGAUAUAAAGCCUGAUAGUAAUGGUAAACCAUUUUGGUAUAACUAUGUUCUUUGCGGAAUUAAGGGCGCAUUAGAGUAUCUAAAUAAUAAAAUGAAACAUGGUCUGCAGAUUGUAGUAGAUGGAAACAUUCCUCCAGCGUCAGGAUUAUCCAGUUCUUCCGCCCUAGUCAGCGCUGCGUGUUUAGCAUUUUUGCACGCUCAAAACGUUUCGUUGAAGAAAACUGAUAUUGCAGAUUUAUGCGCGAAAAGCGAAAGAUAUAUUGGAACACAAGGUGGCGGGAUGGACCAGGCUAUAGCAUUCCUCGCAGAGAAGUAUUGUGCCCAAUAUAUAACCUGGCAACCCUUGAAGGCGACUGCUGUAGCGUUGCCAGAAGAUGCAGCAUUUGUUGUAGCACACAGUUUGGCAGAAGCCAAUAAAGCCGCCACUAACGAUUAUAAUAGGAGGGUCAUUGAAUGCAGGUUAGCGGCAAAGAUUUUGGUUUUAUCAUCAGGUCUCGCAUUAAAUGAAAAAAUAUUAACCCUAAGCAGAGCCCAAACUCUCAUCAAUAAGGAUUUGAAAGAAAUGAUUAUGCUAGUCAACAAAUAUUUACCCAAAACUGAAUACGCAAAGGAUGAAAUUUGCAAAAUUUUAAAUAUCAAUGAGGAGGAAUUAGAAAAUACAUAUUUAACACCAAAUACAAAACAUUUAACCGAAUUUAAGCUCAAACAGAGAGCUCUCCAUGUAUACGGAGAAGCGCUAAGAGUUGAAGAGUUUCGAAGAACAUGUGCGAAUUGCGUAAUGAAUGGGAAAUCAGCUGAUUCUAACGGAAUGCUUAAUGGAGAUAGUAAGAAGAACACCCUUAUUGUUCUUGGUAAGCUGAUGUCGAAUAGCCAUGAUAGCUUGCGGAACCUGUACGAAUGCUCCCACGAUAAUUUAGAUCGCAUUGUAGAUUUAUCGGUGAAGAUGGGAGUACAUUGUAGAUUGACAGGAGCAGGUUGGGGCGGAUGUGUUGUUGCGUUAUGUCCCAAAAACAUAGUAAACGACUAUAUGGAAAUGUUGAUAGACGAGUAUUACGUAAAACAUUUCAACAUUGAAAAGAGCAAGGCUAGAUCUUAUGUUUUCGCAACCACGCCGAACUUCGGAGCUUCUAUUUAUCUAUAAAAAUGAUUUAAUUAGUCAUUUAAUUAUUUAAAUUAUAUUCAAUCAGUUAUGAGAAAUACAUAGUAUCUUUAUAUAUACAUAAUGCUUUGUUUGAGGCUCUUUCAAGCCUAAACCACUGAUCGUAUCGACAUGAAACUAUCACCAUUCAAUGCGAAAUUUAUCCUAGAUGGUUUAUAGCUACUUAUUUUUUUGUUGUAUUUGUAAUAAGAAGAAUAAAAUAAAAUUUAUUUCCUUUUAAAAUUCGCCCAGCGAAGCGGGCUGGAAUUAUUAUUAUUAUAUUAUAAACCAAAACGCGAUAAACAAUAUAACUUUUAUUAAAGAUUUCUAUAUUAAA